AUGUUUUGCCACCUGAGACUGGUGAGAAGGUUAUGUCUGGAGAAGAUAUUUCCACACUGGUUUCUCUACUCAAGAGCUUUAUCUGGAGCUGAAGCAGUCAAUGCCUUGAGGCCAUUCUAUUUUGCAGUACAUCCAGAUUUCUUUGGACAACACCCCAGAGAGAGGGAAGUCAAUGAAAAUUCUCUUAAGAGAUUAAGUGUCUACUUAGAAAACCUCCAGAAACCAGGCUCCAAGUCUUUGAAACCAACUCAGCUUACAUUUUAUGUAAGAGAAACAGAGCAGAAUUCUUCUGAAGGCCAGGAACCCUUUAGCACAUCCGGAUUUCGAGCAGUCAAAUUUACUUUGCACACCAGAGAUCUGCUAAGCACAGUAUUAUAUAUUCUCAACUCCUGCAGUUUAUCUGUUGAACAUAUCCAAAGCUUGAAUACUAAUGUGUGUUCCCAGCCUCUCAAAGAGGCUAAAAGGAUGCCUGACAGGCCCAUCAAGUGGGACAAGUCUUAUUACUACUUUACUGGAUUCAAGGACCCUCAUGAAGACCUUGAACAAGUCUCGAGAAUGGAAACAACCCUCACAUCCUGGUUAGAUAACAAUGGGAAAAGUGCAGUUAGAAAGUUGAAGAACAGUUUGCCACUUAGAAAAGAACUAGAUCGUCUAAAAGAUGACCUGUCUAAUCAGCUGCAGCUCUCGGACAUCAGGUGGCAGAGGGGCUGGGGCAUCGCCCAUCGCUGUAGCCAGCUUCACAGUUUAGGCCGCCUAGCACAGCAGAACUUGGAAACACUUAAAAAUGCAAAAGGAUGUACAAUAAUAUUUACAGACCGCUCCGGGAUGAGUGCGGUGGGCCAUGUGAUGCUAGGAACAAUGGAUGUCCAUCAUCACUGGACAAAACUUUUUGAAAGAUUACCAAGUUAUUUUGACCUUCGGAGGAGGCUGAUGCUGUUAGAAGACCAAAUAAGCUAUCUUCUAGGUGGCAUACAAGUGGUUUAUAUCGAAGAGUUGCAGCCAGUAUUGACACUUGAAGAGUAUUACUCUCUUCUUGAUGUGUUCUAUAAUCGGCUGUUGAAAAAUAGAAUACCCUUUCACCCUCGAAGUCUACGUGGUUUAAAAAUGAUCCUUAACAGUGACAGAUAUGCUCCAAGCUUGCAUGAACUCGGGCACUUUAACAUCCCAAGCCUCUGUGAUCCAACAAAGCUCCAGUGGUUUAUUCUAACCAAAGCCCAACAGGCAAGAGACAACAUGAAGAGGAAAGAAGAGUUAAAGGUUAUUGAAAAUGAAUUGAUAGAGGCUUCAACGAAGAAAUUUUCUCUGGGAAAGUUUUAUAAGGAGCCCAGCGUUUCUAGUAUACAAAUGGUGGAUUGUUGUAAGAGACUUCUAGAACAGUCGCUGCCUUACCUACGAGGGAUGCAUCUCUGCAUUUCACAUUUUUAUUCUGUCAUGCAAGAUGGAGACGUUUGUAUUCCUUGGAACUGGAAGGAUGGAGAAGCCGUUAAGUAA